UCCACCAAGUCCGAUCUUACGCAAAGGAGGGGCCGGCGUGUUUUUUUGUCAGCGAGCCGAUAGUUACUGACAGUUGGCUAACUCCACUUUGUUAAGACCGGUGUCAAAGACUUGGUUAGCGCAGCGGGAGAUCAUCCACAAGCCGAAACCUCACAAGAGGCUUCACGGUCUAUUAAUCCGUUUAAUUCAUCGCUGUCCGUUCCGACUUCUUAUCAUUUAGAGACGGAGACAGAGUCAGAGACAGAGAGAGAGACGCUUCUCGCAACCUGUGCACAACUCUCCACAGCAAGACAUUUUCUAUAUUUAUAGGUUCUUCACCAACCGUAUUCACUUUUAGUCCACGUUUGAGCACUUUUAAAAAUGAAUUUGCGUCGCGCUCGACGUUUCAGCCUACCCAACGGGUAUGUAGCCGUUUGAUAGCAGUUUAAAUCGAGCGAACACGGUUAAGAUUCGAAGGCUCUUCACCGGAUUUAAAAGGACAUUUGUGCGGCUUUGUGAACUUGUGGUGUGGUGUCCCGUCCCGUACUGUCCCGUCCAGGUGGCCCACCGGACGGAGCUGAGUCUCCCGCUCAGCCCAGCAAAGCUGUCAUGCUGCCCAAAGUCGACACGGAAUCUCUGGGACUCGCUCGAUCGCAUGGGGAACAAGGGCACAUGCCAAGAAAUAUGCAAGCUGCCCAGUAUAAAAUGAUGGACUACUCUUAUGACGAAGACUUGGAUGAGAUGUGUCCCGUUUGUGGAGACAAGGUUUCUGGAUAUCACUAUGGACUCCUCACCUGUGAAAGUUGCAAGGGCUUCUUCAAGCGCACGGUCCAGAACAACAAAAGGUACACGUGCAUCGAGAACCAGAGCUGUCAGAUCGACAAGACUCAGAGGAAGCGCUGCCCGUACUGUCGCUUCCAGAAGUGCCUCACCGUCGGCAUGAAGCUCGAAGCCGUGAGGGCGGACCGCAUGCGCGGCGGCCGCAACAAGUUCGGCCCCAUGUACAAGCGCGACCGGGCCCUCAAGCAGCAGAAGAAGGCGCUGAUCCGCGCCAACGGCCUCAAGAUCGAAGCCAUGACCCAGGUCAUGCAGGCCGUGCCCACCGACCUCACCCUCUCCUCCGCCAUCCAGAACAUCCACAGUGCCGCCGCCAAGGGCCUGCCCCUGAGCCACGCGCAUCACGCCGCCCACACCCACCACCACCACCACCACCACCCCCACCACCACGCCCCCGGCCUGCCCCCGACAGACUACGACCGCAGCCCCUUCGUCACCUCGCCCGUCAGCAUGGCCAUGCCCCCGGGGCACGCCGCCGCCAGCCUGCAGGGCUACCAGGCGGCCUACGGCCACUUCCAGAGCCGCACCAUCAAGUCCGAGUACCCGGACCCUUACACCAGCUCGCCCGAGUCCAUCAUGGGCUACCCCUACAUGGACUCUUACCAGACGGGCUCCCCGCCCAGCUUUCCCCACCUCAUCGUGGAGCUGUUGAAGUGCGAGGCAGACGAGCCCCAGGUGCAGGCUAAGAUCCUGGCAUACCUGCAGCAAGAGCAGGCCAGCCGGGGCAAGCACGAGAAGCUCAACACCUUUGGCCUCAUGUGCAAGAUGGCCGACCAGACCCUCUUCUCCAUCGUGGAGUGGGCCCGCAGCAGCAUCUUCUUCCGCGAGCUCAAGGUUGAUGACCAAAUGAAGCUGCUGCAGAACUGCUGGAGUGAACUCCUCAUCCUCGACCACAUUUUCCGGCAGGUGGUGCACGCCAAAGAGGGCUCCAUCCUAUUGGUCACCGGCCAACAGGUGGAUUAUGCCGUAAUUGCCUCCCAAGCUGGAGCCACACUCAACAACCUGAUGAGCCACGCGCAGGAGUUGGUGGGCAAGCUUCGCUCCCUGCAGCUCGACCAGCGGGAGUUUGUCUGCCUCAAGUUCCUCGUGCUCUUCAGCCUGGAUGUGAAGAACCUGGAGAACUUCCACCUGGUGGAGAGCGUCCAGGAGCAGGUCAAUGCAGCCCUGCUGGACUACGUCAUGUGCAACUACCCCCAGCAGACGGACAAGUUUGGCCAGCUACUCCUACGGCUACCGGAGAUACGCGCCAUCAGCCUUCAGGCCGAGGAGUACCUCUACUACAAACACCUCAACGGAGACGUACCGUGCAACAACCUGCUCAUUGAGAUGCUCCAUGCCAAGAGGGCCUAGAAAAAACUACAAUACCCAUGAUGCACCUGGUCCAAUCACCGGGGGCCCUAGACUCCAUCAGUGCUAACGCCGGCGUCUCUACUCCCUACUGUAAUUGUAGACUUGGAAGAAAAACGCUCAAGCAGGUGAAAGCACAUAAUAAAAAACAUUACAGUACAUUCACACAGACAGGACACAUGAAUACAUCCUUACAAACACGUCAAUCCCUUUACUCUGCAAGUUUCUCUGGCCUUUCUCGGGUCUUGAGGGUGAAAAAAAC